AUGGGGACGUUGCGUUUCACUGAUGGCACCGUAGGACUCCCCGCAAACAUGUACGCGAUGCCCCUCGACCGCGCCAGGGAGUACGGCUUCGUGUCGCACUACAACCACACCGGCGACCCCGCGAUGGACCGGCACGCCAGCAACCUGACCUUCACAGGGGAGCAGCUGUGGUGGCUGGUGACGAACCCUGUUUCCCUGCAGGUGCACCUGAACGGCUGGGGAGGUGUCGGGCUCGACGCCGCGGCGCUGCCACAGCUGCUGCCGUGCCUGCUGUGGGCCGUCGUGCUCAUUGCGGUUCGCCUCUUCUUCCAGCGGAGGUUCGCGUGGCUCGGCGUGCAGCUGCAGGUGGUGGUGCCGAGGACCAGCCAAAAGAAGGUGUGUGCGGGCACUGGCGCCAAUGCGAUCCUUCUGAACGGGGGGCAGCGCAAGAAGCUGAGGAAGUUCCAGACUCAGCUGUGGCUUGCCGUGAGCUACACCGCGUCGACCGUGUUUGGGUACAUGGUGCAGCGCGGCGAGCCGUGGUUUGGGCUCCCGCUCAGCGAGGCGAAUCGCAUCAACAUCCUCUCGCCGCACCCGUACAACCCCGGGCGCUGGAUACUGCUCUACUACCAGUACGGCCUUGGGUUCUACCUGUCGGAGUGCUUCUCGCACCUCGCGGAUCACGACAUAAAGCGCUCGGACUUCUUGGAGUACGUGAUCCACCACAUUGUGACCAUCGCCCUGAUCGUCUUCUCACACUGCAGCUACGAGCAUCGCUUUGGUGUUUAUGUACUGUUCAUCCACGACGCCAGUGACAUCAUGCUUGCGGUGAGCAAGGCCCUGAGCUACGUUGUGAAGGCGGCAGAGGCGCGGGAGCAGCGAGCCGCUCGGAACGGAGGAAAGGGUGCUGCACCUGCAGGGCCCCCAGCAUGCCGUCUCUACAGACUUGUUUUUAGCAGCACGACGGUGCUCCUCUCGUUUGUCGUAUUUGUUGCGCUGUUUGUCUUCUUCCGCCUCAUUUGUCUCCCGUUCCUCGCAUUGGCAAGCGUCGGGCUUGCGGUGAAGAUACGCACGUUCACGGUGUGCUACUGGGUCUUGGUUGUCCUCCUGCAGGUGGUGCUGCAGGGACUGCAUUUGUACUGGUUUGCACUGAUUGUGAAGCUGGCGAUUCGGGCGCUUUUGGGUGGUCCCCUUGAUGACAUCCGCUCUGAGGAUGAUGAGGAAGACGACGGUCAUUGA